CAUGUCGGGCACAGAGGGACAUAAGAGGUUUAGGUUCUGGUUCCCUGCAGACAAUCUCUCUCUCUCUCUGUCUCUCUCUGUCUCUCUCCCUCGCGUCACCACGAGACCUCCACAUUUGGUCAUUUCGGUUCUGGUGCUGAAACUGGUUCUUAGUUACCACGGCAGCCAUUGUGGAGCCUUCAAUAAAGACAUAUUGGUAAUAGGAUUGCCCCGAGGAGACGCUGAUGGCUAAUGAAGAUCAGGUGAAGGAUAUAAUCCACAGAUGGCAAAGGACCCCGGAGGACGAUUUGAAGCCGGAGGACUACCAGCAGUUCAGGGACGUGGGAUCUGCCUGUCUCACCCAGGGGGACGCCGCACGACUGCUGAGCUUCCUGCAGGAGGAGGAGAACCAGGGGAUCGUGAGGUCCAUGGGCUGCGUUCUCGUGUCGCCACUUCUCAACGAAGUGGUCAGAAAGGAAAAGAGUCUCGCUCACUGCCAGGCUGCCAUCACACAUCUGAGCAGGACGUGCAGGCCGAAUGAACUCCUGCGUAGCUUUCUGCAACUAAUUGAAGACAUUGAUCCAGGGGCCAUUUCUGAGACCAUCUUGGCCCUCGUUCCGCAUCUUCAAACAGUGCUGCUGCAGCUGGGGGACAGAAAGGCCUCCUGCCUGGGCUCAGCUCUGAGCCGCCUGCAGGAGCAGCUGUCCCGGCUGCCGGUGCCUUACAGCCGGCAGCAGGAGGAGGCCGAUGAGCACGGCCUGUGCCGCUGCUGCGCCGCCCUGGCUGAGCUCACCCGGCCGUUCGUAGAGGAGGUGAAGGGGAGAAAUGGAAACCACGCUCCCACUGCUGAGGAUGAGGAGCUGAAGGCCGAGCUUCUCAUGUUCUGCAUGAGGAGCUUGAGGGAGCCCUUACUCGAGGCCGAACUGAACCGGGACACAACAUCGCCACUUUGGCUCUUUGCGACCCAGAUAAUGGUGACGCUGCCUGCGAUCCGAGAGCCUCCGGCAGAGCUCCUGCUCUUCAGCCCUCUGAAGAAAGGCACCGAGAAGGAGAGCCGUGAGCGCAGCGAGUCGAGAGCCUGUCUGGCUUAUCUGCUGUUCGUCCAGCUCGUGGGCAUCGACAGCUUCCCGGCAGUAUUCAGUCCUCUAUUUAUCCUGCAGUGCAACAUGGACUACAUCAAUCAACUCCUCAGCAGCAAGAAGGAGUCGCACCUGCUCAAAGGACUGGCGCUGUACGCAAAGAGCUUGGAGAGGGUGAAGGACAACAGCCUCCCAGUGAGUCUCCUGGAGCUGAGGAGCUUCCACAGAGUACCAGAGAAUCUGAGGCAAGUUCUCACUGACUGCCCCAUGCAGCAUUUGAGGGAGUCGGGUCUGCAGGUUUUCCAGCUCUUCAUCGAUAAGUUAGAUGCUGAAGCGAAGCACAAGUUCUUCAGGUGCAUGUUAAAAACCAGCCACCAUGCAGGAGUAGAAGGCUACAUAGUGAAGAACAUCAAGAAUCAAGUGGAAUGUUCCAUGAAGUCAGGUGCAGCGGGUAAAGGCUUCCUGGGGGACCAGUUGCUCUCUCUGCUGGGACUUGUGUUCAGUUUGCCACGAGGUGCUCAGACCGACUUGCUGAACACUAUGGACAGGGUGAUGGAGAGUCUGAAUCUUCUGCGCUACCUCCUCCUCAGAGACAAAGAACUGAGGAGCACUACAGGUGCGUGGGAACAGCUGAGCGGGGUCAAAGACCAAUACGUGAAAACCCUGCGUGUGUGUAUCGGCAUAUCGAGGGGGUAUUAUUCCGCUGAACUGAAGGCGGUGAGGCAGGAUCGAAAGCUGAAAGCAAAAGAAGCCAGAGAGGCGGCCCGAUCCACCGGUUUAUCAAAGAGGAUGAUAGUGAAACAUGAGCAGGUGUCCAAUAUGUCCCCAGAGGUCCAGCACCAGGUGCUGCAGAGCGCCUUGGUGACGUUGGACCUGAUGGAGAGUCUUAUAUUCCGUAUCGAAGAGAUAACAGAGGAAAAGCGGACGAUCCCAAACUGAAUCCAGGACCCCAAGAGUCACUUCAGACCGCCGGGUUAUUGUCUUAUUGUUUUAUUUCUUCUUUUUCUAUGUCAAAAUGUGAAAGAAAAAUAGAACAAACCGUACAAACACAUUGGAACACAUCUUUUAAAUUUGCUUAUGAAUAUUUGCCAAGAAACGCUUGUACUGGUUAGCAGCGAAUAAAACAGAACGAAUGUUA